AUGGCGCAGGCAGAGAUUGAACCACGCUUGGCAGUGGGACGCGCUGCCUGGUGGCUGCCCAGGCCCAACCUCACGUUGGCACCUGCUACACUCAUGGUGGAGGAUGCGCCACUGCAAAAAUUGUCAUUUGCCAGCGCAUUAAAGGAUUUGCUGCGGAACCUGUCAUUUCAUUGUUAUGGCAAAUUAGUCGAGCACGGCAGUCGAAUUCAGGAGCGAUUUUUCUGGUUGAUUUUCCAUAUAACAGCGCUUAGUGUGCUAAUUGCGUUUCUUUGGAGCGUCUACAGACACGAAACGGAUGCUUUAGUGACCAGCAUAUACAAUCCCCUGUACCCAGUGGCCCGCGUGCGCUUUCCUGUCAUAUCCGUGUGUAGUAUGAAUCGCAUAUCCCAGCAAGCGAUUUGGAGCUACGCGCAGGAGCUCAGCAGCAAGGACGUGGAGCAUCGCAAUGUUAGUUACUUUUAUGACGAGCUACAUGCAUUCAACAUGUAUUAUGAUGCCUACGCUUCGGGCGAUUAUCGUCGCAUCCUGCGUUUUCAGGUUCUGCUAGAUUUGUACGAUACGCAGCCGGAUGAUCUGUUCUUUAAUACGAAGCGACGCAUGCGGAGCUUAACGCCCAAGUGCAGCGAUAUUUUCGUAUCCUGCCGCUUGGCAGGACAAAGCUUUGAUUGCCUGCAAAAAGUUGCGAUUACCUUAACUAGUUAUGGCUAUUGUUGCACCAUGGAUUUAACAGAGAGUCACGUUGAGCAGCGCAGUCAUAAGCAGCGUUACUUUGGCGCCGAUAUGGGUCUGAUGUUAACACUCCGCAGUAAUCGCAGUGAUCAUUUCAAGAAAUUAAUGCAGUCUUACGAUUUUAUUUAUAUAAAGGAACAAGGCAACUAUCCGCAAUCCCAAUCGGGUGGAGUGACAGCGCGCUAUGUGCAGGCUGGACAAAACACAAAUUUGCCCGUGCGCGCCAAGAUCUUUGAGACCGUAGAGGAGGCACGACAAAUGAGUCCCAAAGCGAGGAAUUGUCUCUUCAAGAACGAAAUGCCGCACGUUUUUGGCAACAACUACUCCUUCAGCAAUUGCAUUUCCGCCUGUCGGGCGCGCAGCAUUUACAGUUUGUGCGAGUGCCUGCCCUUCAAUCUGCCGUCGAAGUUUGUGGGCGGCUCUGCGGGACGUGUCUUUUGCAGCUUGCGUCAUAUGGAGUGCCUCAAGCGCUACACGUUCAAAUGGCUGAAUGUCAUUACCAGUCGUGCCGCCGUCGUGGGCCUGGAGCAUGAAAUGGAGGAUGCGCUCUACUGUCCCGACUGCAUGGCUUCCUGCUCAGAGACACGCUACAGGGUGCGUGGUGCCAUGACGCUGGCCAACAGUCAGCCAACCCAAAUAGAGAUCUCUACUAUUAAACAUUGCAGCAGCAUUGACAACAAUAGCUACGACACUGCUGAACUGGCUGUGGUGCGCGUCUACUUUGCCCAAACGCAUAUACCCUACUAUCGGCAGAUUAUUAAAAACGCCUGGUACGAGCAUUUCAGUAGAAUUGGCAACAUCUGUGGCAUCAUAGCGGGCUUCUCAUUGAUUGGAAUCUGCGAGCUGUUAUUUUUCCUAGCCAAACAAUUAUGGCACAUAUGCAAAAAGGAGCUGAGGGAGGCGCAGCAGGAACUUGCGCGUGCCCAGACUAAUGGCCCAGCAAAGGCAACACACCAGCAUCAGCAGCAGCAGCAUCAGCCCAUGGAGCUGCUCAUACUGCCGUAA